AAGAAUAGCGCGCUACAGCGCCAGAUUGUCAACUGCCCAGUGCGCUACUGCCCGCUACCAAGAGAAUUUACAGCCUGUCUUGCAUAGCUUGACAAAAUCAUUGCGCUGCAUCAACAACACACCUGUCUCCAGCGCCUGUCACUUAAAAUGGCCGAUCCGUUUGAGGUUCGCAUGAGAUUCAGCUCUCAGCUGCAGAGACUUAAUGCGUCUGUAUCAUCAGCUCAGAAAGCCGCGCAGUAUGCGCUUAAAUACAAAGACAUGGACGAAGACUUGCAUUCAUGCAUCUUGGAGCAAAUUGAACGUAAUAACAUGAAUACAAGAGCUAACAUAAUGUACUUUAUUGAACAUUUCUUGGACCUGGCGCAGAAAGAUGGGCACGGCGACUACAUCCGCAUGAUGCAGCGAGACAUCAUCCGAGUUGUCGACGCAGUUGCACCCGAUGAUGGCUCAGGCGCUGCCAACGUUAAAGUCGUGCGCAAGGUGCUCGCUGGCAUGCAAGCGAAGGGCUAUUUGGAGGAGCAAACCGUUUCUCAGAUUGAAGACGUGAUAAAGGAGAGAGCCGCCACCGAGCAGGACUUGGAUCCAUCAUCUCCAGCAGAAGACACUGAAAUCUCAGAUAAGACACCAUCGCAGAAACCAAGCCGUCGAACAGCACCGGCACGGCCAGAGAAGCGACAGAUCGAGCAGCGCAUCGAAGAGGAUAGAGAACGACACAAGCGCGAACGUGAAAGCAUCUGGGCUAUUCCAUCUGGCAGAGAUGCCGAAGCUAAUAAACUCUGGGAAGACACGAGCGAUUUUGGCGAAGAUGACGACCGACUUAUCACUGAAGAGAGUCAGGAGUUCCUGACCGAGAUGGAGAUGCAGAAAUGUGACCAUCAGCAGCUGGCUAAUGGCGGGCAGUCGACUCAGGCGGCUGUUUAGUCUUCUGUUCGGGUAUCCUUUGAGGCAUCUAUAGCAUCGCAGCGGCGUUUUUACUUUCUGGCUUAGGCACGGGGUUGAUGGGUAAAAGUUUAGGCGUCUCUUCUUGAGUAGUGCGUAGACCGGCGUCUUUUUUUCUUCAUUGUUUCUACUCAAACUUAGCGUGUUAUAAUAUUAACUCUGAGAAUUUGGAAAGAAGUCUCUGCAAUUUCUUGUAGUUCUUCCACAGUUGUUUGGUGUGGGUGUUGAGUAUAGCAUGGAAUGGUACAGAUUGGCUGUCGGUAAUGGGAUGGUGUGUAGGUGAAAGAAGACUUGAUAUUCUUAGAUACUAGUACAUGUGUUUUAUACAGGCCGCAUGACCCUCUAUCCUAUUUCCUGUAGAACCCCUAAUGCAAGCGUAUUUGUUUUACUCCAUGACGACAGUUGCGCCGAGCUCCUUCAUGGUGGCCAUGAUCUUCUCAGCAUCCUCCUUUGGUACAUUCUCCUUCAUCAUCUUGGGGGCGCUCUCAACGAACUUCUUGCUGUCAACCAAGCUCAGGCCCAACAGACCCUUGACUUCCUUGAUGACCUUGGCCUUGGAAGCGGCGUCGAAAGCCUGGAGCUUGAGGGUGAAUAGUGUCUUCUCGGCGGGAGCAGCGGGGGCAUCCUCAGCCUCUUCGGCGGCCGCAGAAGGAGCAGCAGCGGCAGGGGCAGCAGCAGCGGCGGCGAAUCCAACAGGCAUAUCGGGGAUGUUAAGUUUGCUCUGCAACAGGAGGUGGUUAGCGAGUGGACGAGGCGCUGACAACGGUGUGCCGCCAGGGCGCUGGUAUAAAUGCUUACCUUGAGGGUUGAGACAAGGUCAGCAGUCUCAAGAAGGGUCAAUUGGCUAAUUUGGUCGACAAUCUCGGCGAUCUUAGGGUUGACUGGUGCGGCAGCCUCGGUCGAGUUGUAACGUCUUGUCGUCGAAGAGAUUCGAAGCAUUUGCGCUGAGGCUCUGGAGGAGGCGACGGAUCGCAAUUGGCGAGCGCAGCUCUGCGCCGCAUAUCUGCAUGACAUGGCCAUUGUUUUGGUUGAAGCACAGCGGGCUGUGAGAAUGGGAAAAAAAGAAGGCGAUGGGGGUAAAGGCAAAGCUGGUGUCAGUCGCGUGCGAUGCUUGCC